UUUUGAGAGUAAAGCAUGUUCGAACGGCAGGUGCUUGUUCAUCAUCUUCAUGUGCAUUUAUCAGUUCAGUUAAAGUGAUAUGUGAGAAAAAACAAAGUGAACAUCUCCAAUGCCAACUUUACACCAAGCUGACCAUGUGCUUCCUGUCGUCUGCUUGACCUUGGUUACACUGAUUGCAAGACAAACCAUUGAUUUUCAACGCUGAAAGACCUAAAAUGAACCUGAGGUACAAAAGAUGACAAAGUCCUCUUUCACUGCUGAAUGUAGAGUAUCCUCCAUCAAUGGCAUCAAGAAUAUCGAAGACACGGCUUCACUCACCUUUGAUGCAGAUCUUGUCAAAGCAGUUGAUCGUGACUUUGCAGACCCUAUUGAAUCAGAAGAGACAAACGUUCUGAUGGCGGAUCCCAUUUGCAAUAUGAACGGAAAACUGUCUCCACAAAACAAGCUGACGGGUGAGGAAGUACUAAGGCUAGACAACACUGGAGUGACAGGUCCGAUGCAGAUCUCUCAGGAAGCUACGUCUGGGAUGGGGAAGAGGCAGGAGUGUGCGGGAUGUAAGAAGAACAUUAGUGACCGCUACCUGCUGAAAGCGCUGGAGCAGUACUGGCACGAAGACUGUCUCAAGUGCUCAUGCUGCGAUUGCCGUCUCGGGGAAGUUGGGUCCACACUCUUCACAAAAGCCAACCUGCUCCUCUGCAGAAGAGACUAUUUGAGAUUAUUUGGUACAACUGGCUACUGCUCAGCCUGUUCGAAGAUGAUCCCAGCAUUUGAGAUGGUUAUGAGGGCAAAGACAAAUGUGUAUCACCUGGAAUGUUUUGCUUGUCAACAGUGCAAUCACAGGUUCUGUGUGGGAGAUCGGUUCUACUUGUGUGAUAACAAGAUACUGUGUGAAUACGACUACGAGGAACGCAUGGUGUUUGCCAACAUGACCAACCUUCCAAACUACGGCUACAAUGCCCUGUCCCAGAUGAAAAGACAGACCCAGAGCCUGAGUGAUGAUGUAUCUAGUGGAUAUGGCAGUCCGAGCCCUAGCUCUUUAUAGUCAUCAAUCCCUUGGGGCAUGUGACAAACUUGUUGCAGUGCAAAACUGAUGUACAGUUUCUUCAUCAUUGUUAUUUCUCUGUUCUCAAUCUUACAACCUGAACUUUGAAGUAUGACAGGUCAUGCUAUGAGUGUGGUGGUGUGACAAAGGGAGAUAACUCUCAAUGAUUGAUACAGAGUUAUCUGCCCAUGGUGUAUAUUACACAUGUACUGUUGUGUAUUCACAUUUUGGUGUGCUUUGCUCACGUGCUGGAUUUGACAAGAAGACAUCUUGAAUCAUCACAGAAAAUGCAAUGUUAUGACUUACGACCAUUGAUCAACAAUUCAUAAAAUGGCAGCCAAUGUAAGUUUGGCUCUUGCAAGAGAACCAGUUGUGAAUACUGUUCAAAAGAGCAACUUUCUGUGCUACAUCAACUUGUGAUCACAUUUUAUGGAUUUUUCUUUCUAAAUUGAUAUUGACUGUGCCAUAACGUAACAACAGAGCAUAUUUAUAGUGUUACAUGUUUGAAAGCGAAAGGCAAUUCUAGAUGUGCAUUGCUCACAAAUAUGGAUACUACACUUGGUUCUUGGGUGCCAUUGAGGAUUUAUAUGGUAAUUCAAGGUUCAUGAUCACAUUUCAAUAUGUAACAAGUGACAAUGAAUAUAUAUUUAAAAAAAAAAAAUUGAUGAAAGUGUAAACAAAAUUUAAAUCUAAUUUAAUGCAUUGUCAGAGCAAGCUGUAAUAUAUAUUUAAAUGUUAUAACUGUGGAACUGAUCAUGGUCCUGGAUAUGGAGACACGUUUUUCUUGUGAUUGUGUAUUCUAGUCAACUCAUACAGUUUCCCUCCAACUGUAAAUAUUGCAAUCCAAAGAUGUACAUAUAAUAAUGAGGGGUUAGAGUUGACAUUAGAUUCCACAAGGAAAACACUAUUUUAUUUAUUAAAUUUUCAUGGUUUGUUUCUAAUUAAAUAUCAAACUUUUAAUUUGUUUGUUCUUGAAUCACUCUUGAAAAACUGGUAUUUAUAAAAAGACUAGGUAUUGCACCCGCCAGAUUUUCAUUUGGUUAAUUUGCCUUUUAAAGGAAGAGUUUGAUGUUAAUGUUUUGAGAUGCCAAACAAUAGGUGUAAUUAUGUUCUGUUUUAAUAAUGUAAUUAUUUUAAUGGAACUGUUGAAAGGUUUUAUAAAUUGAUAAAAAAAAACAUGCGUGACUUUCAUUUUAUUUAUGGUUUCUCAUCAUUGUGUAAUAUUAAAGUGAAAUAGUGACCUGACUGUUUUCAUUCUCAAUACUGCUCAUUUGUAUCAGAGAGUUUCCACUUCUGAAGUGCAAUCCUAUUUUUUGUUU